AUGGCGAUCCAGCGCGCGCGCGCCGGCCUCGACGAGCUCCUCGCCGCGAAGCGCGCGCUGCCGUUCCAAGUAUUAACGGGCGGCGACGCGGCCUUCCUCGAGCGGCACGACGCCUUCGUCUUCGACUGCGACGGCGUGCUCUACAGCGGGUUGGAACUCCUCGACGGCGCCGCGGCGGCCGUCGCCGCGCUCCGAAGCGCCGGCAAACGCUGCCUCUUCGUGACGAACAACAGCGGGAAGUCGCGGCGGACGAUGGCCGCGAAGCUCGGCGCUCUGGGCCUGGCGGCGACGCCGGAGGAGUGCGUGCCCGCGAGCUUCGCGACGGCCGCGGCGCUCGCGGCGCGCGGCGUCACGCGCGCCUUCGUCGUCGGCGCCGACGGGCUGUCGGAGGAGCUGGAGCUCGCGGGCGUCGAGGUGUUGAAGGCCGGAGCGACGACGGAGCCCUUCUCCGAGGCGGCCUUCGAACGCGUCGUGCUGGAGGGCGAGGCGGUCGGCGCCGUGGUCGUCGGCAUGGACGCGACGUGCGAUCUACGAACGUUGGCCCUCGCGUCGCUGCAUUUGCAGCGCGACGAGCGCUGCCUCUUCGCGUCGACGAACCCGGACGCCUUCGACGUCGUCGGCGGCCGCCGCAUGCCGGGCAACGGCGCGCUCGUGGCGGCGCUCGCGACGGCGUCCGGCCGCGGCGCCCCGGAUUUGACCUGCGGCAAGCCCGCGGCGGCGCUCGCGGAGUCGCUCGUGUCCACCUUCGGCCUCGACCCGGCCCGGACCGUCGUCGUCGGCGACCGCGUCGACACGGACAUGGCGCUGGCGGGCCGCAUGGGCUGCGCGGGCCUGCUGGUCCUCACGGGC